CGCGCGCUCCUUUUGUCCGCCGGGAAAUUCCGGCGCUCGCGUUGCCCAAGCGGGGGACCACCGGGCCGGGCGUGCUCCCCCCGUCCGGAAAUGCCGGGCCUUCGACCCGGAGGGGAAGGACCCAGAUUUCCCGGAAGGCAGCGCCUCCCCUUGGCCCCAGCCGGGCGCUAUAAGACGCCCCACGCGCUGGGUCGCGGCCCCAGUCUGCGCCGCGCAGGGGUCCCCGCUCGCCCGCACCUCGCCAUGAGCCCCCGCGCCCCCCGCUCCUCGCUGCCCGCGCUCCUGGCGCUGCUCGCGGCUCUGCUGCCAGGCCCUGGAGGUGCCACGCUGACCGUGUUCCCCCAGGAGGCCACGAUCCUGAGGGGCAGCAGCCUGGAGGUGAACUGCAGCGACUCCUGCUCCUCGCUGGGCCUGGAGACGCCGCUGAGCAAGCAGGAGGUGGCCCACGGCGCCACGUGGAAGACGUUUCUGCUGAGUGACGUGCAGGAGGACAGCGGGCCCAUAUGCUUCUCCAACUGCGGCAAACAGGACUCGCAACGCGUGUCCAUCACUGUGUACUGGUUCCCAGAGACUGUCACCCUGGCAUCGCUACCCUCCUGGCAGCCCGUGGGCCAAAACUUCACUCUGAGAUGCGAGGUAGCGGGAGGGGCGCCCCGGUCCAACCUCACAGCGGUGCUGCUCCGCGGGGAUGAGGAGCUGAGCCGGCAGCCUGUGCCAGGGGUUCCCGCUGACGUGGUGGAGGUCACGGCCACGGUGCAGGCGCGCCGCGAGGACCACGGCGCCAAUUUCUCGUGCCGCACGGAACUGGACCUGCGCCCCGUAGGGCUGGGACUGUUCGAGAACAGCUCAGUCCCCAGGCAGCUGCAAACCUUCGUCCUGCCCGAGACCCUCCCGAGCCUUGAAGCUCCCACGCUCGUGGAAGUGGGCACGGAGUGGCGAGUAGCCUGCACCCUGGACGGGCUGUUCCCAGUGUCGGAGGCUGGGGUGGAACUGGUGCUGGGCGAUGUCCAGUUGCCUACCAUGACCACGUACCACGAAGACUUUAUCUCGGCGCGGGCCCUAGUAGAGGCAGCCGAGGAGGGGGAGCAGCAGCUGAAAUGUACACUGACGCUGGGCACAGAGGUGCGGCAGCACUCCAAGACCUUGAGGUUCUACAGUUUCCGGACUCCCAACCUGACCCUGAACCCGCCAGAGGUCACCGAAGGGACCUCGGUGACCGUGGAGUGCGAGGCCCAGCCCGGAACACUGGUGACGCUGAACGGCGUCUCAUAUGGCAACCGGAGUGCCCAACGCACGUUCAACGCCAGCGCAGAGGACCACGGGCGGGCCUUCUCCUGUUCUGCCCAGCUGGAGGUCGCUGGGCAGUGGCUACAGAAGAACCAGACGCGGAGGCUGAACGUCCUGUACGGCCCCUUUCUGGACCCCAGCGAUUGCCCACGGAACUGGACCUUGGACGAAGGUUCCCAUCAGACCCUGAGGUGCCAGCCCCGGGGGAACCCGAACCCCCAGCUGGAGUGUCUCCGGAAGGAAGACAAGUCUCCGCUGCCCAUUGGGGACCUCAGGCCUGUCAAGGAGGACAUCCAAGGCACCUACGUAUGCCGAGCCAGCAGCUCCCAGGGCAUGAUCACCACGGAAGUGGUCCUGACUGUGAUCUCGAAACCUAGGAAUCACGUACCCAUCAUCAUCACCUUGACAGUGCUGGCAUUCCUGGCCACUGUGGCCACAAUAGCAUACUGGGUUAACCGGCAGCGGAAGAUCAGGGAAUACAAGCUCCAGAAGGCCCAGAACGGGGCAGCCUUGAAGCAGAAAUUGGCGGCCACACCCCCCUGAGCCCGCCCAGGGACGGCUGCCCGCUUAGCCCCCACCACGGUGGCCCGGAACUGAAAUGAACAGUAGAGGACAGACACAGAUACAACCCCUUCCCUAAGAUCUCCGGGGACAGGAGAGAGACCUUCGUGGAAACGCAGACAACACCUGGGACCACAGAAAGGACCCCUAGACUUCACACCCACUGCCACCCCAGGAUUGGGCCAAGAGAAGGGGACAGGACUUAGGGGUGACCAAAUCACACCUGGCCAGUGACACAUCGGGGAGCCAUAUGCCUCCAAUAAUGGGGACUCCCCUGGCAGGCAAGCGAGUAGAUUGCGACCCAUUCCUCUUACGUGUGCCCGGGUCCUUCGGGUUUAAGGAAAUGGCUCCAGGCCAGUCCAGGCAGUACCAAAAUACAAAUUCCUGUCCUUCGUCUUGACUGAUGCCUGCUGUUCCCUCUCUCUGACUCCCGAUGACAUAUUUAUUCGUUUGUUCUUUUCCUAGCUAUUUAUUGUCUUUGGUAUGGGCUAGCACAGUCAACAGGAGGAACUUAGCUUCCUUCCCCUGGUCUAAUCUCAUUCUGGGUUGUCAGGCACAGUGGUCCAGGCUGUGCACCGCACAAGGUGACAGGCCCAAAGAUGGUGGGGCUGGAAUUCCCAUGGUUGGCCCAGCUGCUACGCUUCAGGAGCUGAGCCAUGGUGACAUGGUUGAGCUGGUGACAUCUGGAGAUGAACUGCUGGGCUCUAAUUCUCCCCCAGACCCCCAGGACACCAGCGCACCACCCAGAUACAUCUCUGCUAGUGUUCUGAUUUUUUAAAAAAUCCAUUUCAAUUUUUGGUUUUUGGGCCACACCUGGAGGUGCUCAGAGCUGACUCCUCCUGGCUCUGUGCUCGGGAUCACCCCUGGCGGGCUAGGGGGACCCUGCAGGGUACCUGAGCUAGAACCUGGGUUGCCUGCUUUGAAGGUGACCAAUCAGGCCUUCUGCAUAUGCUCUUGAUGACAGUCGGGGCAGGAUUUUCCUCUCUGCUUUUUUUUUUUUUUGGCUUCGGGGCCAUACCUGGCAGUACUCCGAGGGGCUGCUUAUGGCUCUACUUGGACCCUAUGCCAAGGAUUGGACCCCGUUCUGCCACCACACAGUAUGUGAGCCUUUAUCCCUGUCCACUCCCGGGGCCACCAAGCUGCAGAGUCUCAGGAAAGGGUCCCCAGUCCCUGCCUUGACCCACAGACGGGCGGACGGACUUACACCUCCUGGAAUCACACCAGAAUACUCAGGCUGUUCCCUAAUGCUGGCAUGAUGAAGGCCCCGCGGAAGGGGAGGAAGAGAGUCUGGAGAGGUCCGCCCUGCGCCGGAAACCUCGCCUUUGUGCGCCUGCACCCCCGCCCUGGCGCGCUUUGGAAGCGCCUGUGGCCCCAGCUGCAACCCUUCUGCCCCCCACUUCCUCUCACAAACAGAGGCUGCUGGCCAAGGCCAGCCCCGAGGCUUGAGCCAAAAUCCCGAGCUGGUGAGCAGCUUUUUCGUGAAAAUUAAAACUUUCUACAAAGAC